UGACUAUUCCACCAGCCCAACUGUUUUCCUCUUCACUGUGUCAACGCAGACUUCCACAAUGGCUGGGGUGGCAUCUACGUUGGCCAAGAAGAGGGCAUUGGCCGCUGGGUUUGGCACUAAUGCCAACGCGACAAAGUACCUAAACCAAGACUUCCAAUCUCUGAGGAGCGAGUGUCUGAGAAAAGGUUCAAUAUUUACGGAUUGCACAUUUCCAGCUGCACCCGAGUCGCUCGGAUUCAAAGAGCUUGGCCCGAAUACUUCAAAAACCAGAGGUGUGCAAUGGAAGCGACCCGGGGAACUGGUGUCCAACCCAGAAUUCAUCAUUGGUGGAGCCACGAGAACCGACAUCUGCCAAGGAGGUCUGGGUGACUGCUGGCUCCUGGCAGCCAUCGCCUCUCUGACCCUGAAUGAAGAUGUGAUGGCCCGGGUCGUUCCUGAAGGACAAGGCUUUGGACGUGGAGAGUACGCUGGGAUCUUUCACUUCCAGGUAGAGAUGAGCUCAAAUUCUAGAGUUACAGGUUGGAUCACAAAAUGGCAGCCUGUGUAUUACUUUUGAUUAGGUUCUGGCCCA